GUCUCUUUCAUGGAAACCAUGACUCCCGUGAAGAAUCCUUACUGGGACGGUGUACACGCCAAGGGUGACACAGGUGUGUUCUGGGACGUGGUGGAUUUCCCAAUCCCUGCUGAAUGUGAUCCUGCUUUGGUUUCUAAGCUGAUCAAAUCAGCUCUUGAUGAACAGGGUUGUUGUAAUGGUUCUGUGUCAAUCCGGUUGUACGACGUUGAAGAUGAGAAAACCACGAAACAAGAAGUGAAAGAUAAAUAUGAGGCUGCUGAAAUCAGUAUCAGUUUCGUACCCGAAGUUGCUGAGGCGCAUGGACAUGCUAGAGUUCAUAAGAUGUUAUUGGACAUUCUUUUGUGGGCACUUUCCAGUGUUGAAAACUCCAAUUUGAUUAUACUCUCAAAAAAACUCAAGGGAGACUCGAAGACGGUCGGUGUUCUCGAGGGUUUGCAUUUCGACGGUAGGAAAAUUCUCUUAUCAGAGUGUGCAUCUAAAGUGCUAUCUUCUACUGAAACCUCAGAAUGGCUUUUGAUUAGGCUUUGUGAAAGCCUACCAUCACAAGCAAGUGGAAGCUCUGAUGUUUGUUACCAAUUAGUCUAGACUAA